CCCAAAACAUAAAAAGCUGACAAACAAAAACAAACAAACAAACGAGACUCGGCGUCUCUCAGCUUCCACCAAACUUCACGGUGACGGUGGGGCUUUAUAUUGACAAGAAGAAGAAAGUCAGAACAUUGCCACGUAACCCCCAAAAAACUAAAUCAUCCCUCUCUCUCUCUUUCUCUCUCUCUCUCUCUCCUCUGUAUCUCUCUUCCAUUUCCCCUUCUAAACCAUGUCGGUCGCCGGAGCAAUCAACUCCUCACCCGACGCACCCGUUCCCCGCCGCCGUGUCGACGCAAUCUCCGAACGUCCCUUAAAUCCCGCCGAUUUAACCACCGGUAACGAACCCACGGAUAUGAACGACGGAGGAGAUACGAAAACCGAUCAAGACACCGCAUCAUCUUCGGAAGGUCACUACCACAAAAUCCACAACCACCCAGCGAUGAUUCGUUUCCUCUCCCUCCGUAAAUUACUCCGAUCUCCGUUUUUAGGGUUUAGAUCUGGGAAGAACGUCGGCCGUCGGAUCUUGGGCCUCCUCAUGGCUCUCGUUGUCGCGUCAGUGUUCCUCAAGGUGUACCUCGUUGGUGGUGUGCACACGAGGUUGAACGAGAUUGUUGUCGUUAGAUCGUUCCGUGAUGAUCGGUCGUUGGCGCGACGGGAAGUGGUGGAGGAGAAUCAAGCUUCUUCGUUUCAGCCAAUGCGUGUCCUUGAAAAGAUUCCAGAAAUUUGGCAGAAACCUGAAAGCGGGCAGUAUCGUCAAUGUGUCGCGCGUCCUAAGAACAAGACGAGACUGGGCCAGAAAACCAAUGGGUAUCUUAUAGUACACGCAAAUGGAGGAUUGAAUCAGAUGAGAACCGGGAUAUGUGACAUGGUUGCUGUUGCCAAGAUUAUGAAUGCAACUCUUGUUCUUCCUCUUCUCGACCAUGAAUCUUUCUGGACUGACCCGAGCACAUUCAAAGAUAUUUUCGACUGGAGAAACUUCAUGAAUGUACUGAAACACGAUGUUGACAUUGUAGAGUAUUUGCCUCCUGAGUAUGCCGCCAUGAAGCCUCUUCUCAAGGCCCCUGUUUCUUGGUCAAAGGCUAGUUACUACAGAAGCGAAAUGCUGCCACUUCUAAAACGUUACAAGGUGUUAAAGUUCAUGCUUACCGACUCACGGCUUGCUAACAAUGCCUUGCCACCUUCAAUCCAACGGUUGAGAUGUCGUGCUAAUUACAAGGCACUGGUGUACACGAAAGAGAUCGAGGACCUCGGAAAGGUAUUGGUUAACCGUUUAAGAAACAACAGUGAGCCAUAUAUCGCUCUGCAUUUGAGAUACGAGAAGGACAUGCUUGCCUUUACAGGUUGCAGCCACAAUCUUACAUCUGAGGAAGCCGAAGAUCUGAGAAUCAUGAGAUACAAUGUCAAACACUGGAAGGAGAAAGAGAUUGAUAGCAUAGAGAGACGGAUUCAAGGCGGAUGUCCCAUGUCUCCGAGAGAAGCAGCCAUAUUUCUAAAGGCAAUGGGAUAUCCAUCCUCCACUACUGUAUAUAUAGUUGCUGGUGAAAUCUAUGGAAGCAAGAGUAUGGAUGCUUUCCGUGCAGAGUACCCAAAUGUCUUCUCUCAUUCAACUCUUGCAACUGAAGAAGAGUUAGAGCCUUUCAGUCCGUACCAGAACCGGCUUGCUGCGUUGGACUACAUUGUGGCCCUUGAAAGCGAUGUUUUUGUGUAUACUUAUGAUGGCAACAUGGCUAAGGCUGUACAAGGGCACAGAAGGUUUGAAGGGUUUAGGAAGUCCAUAAAUCCAGACAGGUUGAAUUUUGUUAGACUGAUAGAUCAUUUUGAUGAUGGCUUCAUAUCUUGGGAAGAGUUUGCUUCCGAGGUUAAGCGACUAAACAGAGACAGAAUUGGAGCGCCAUAUGCGAGACUGCCUGCUGCACUUCCCAGACUAGAGGAAAAUUUCUAUGCGAACCCACAACCUGAUUGCAUCUGUAAGAAGUCUCAUCCUGGCAGCUCUGGCAAAAAAUCAAGUCUAAGAACAGAGUCAAAGACAUGGAAGAAGAGUUCUUUAAGAUAG